AUGGCGAGCUCUACAGAACCUACGAAGCUGAAAAGAGAAGAAGAAGAAGAGGAUGAUUCAAAACCAGUGGCAGAAGAUGAAGACACUGGGGCACAGGUCGCUCCUAUAGUCAAACUGCAGGAGGUCGCUGUUACUACUGGCGAAGAAAAUGAAGACGUCCUUCUCGAUCUGAAGGCGAAACUGUAUAGAUUUGAUAAGGAAGGCAGCCAGUGGAAAGAGAGGGGUGUUGGGACAUUGAAGCUACUCAAGCACAAGGAGAGUGGCAAAAUUAGGCUUGUCAUGAGGCAGAACAAGACCCUUAAGAUAUGUGCUAAUCAUCUGGUGUUACCCACAAUGACUGUGCAAGAGCAUCAUGGGAAUGAUAAAUCGUGCGUGUGGCAUGCAGCAGAUUUUGCAGAUGGAGAGUUGAAGGAGGAGACUUUUGCUAUUCGGUUUGCCUCCGUGGAAAAUUGCAAAUCUUUCAAAGAUAAGAUUGAAGAAAUCACUGAAUCGCUAGCAAAAACUACUGGGGAUAGUGAAGAAGGCACUACUGCUGCCAACCUUAUUGAAAAGUUGAGUGUUGAAAGCAAAGAUACAGAAGAGAAGCAAGAGGCCGAAGAUGCACCUGUGUCCUCCCAGGAGAAGAAGGGUGAAACUGAGCAGCAGGAAAAAACUGGCAGUGAGAAGUAA